AUUAUCGGGUGGCGGCGAGCGGUGACAGCUAAUCCAGAGACAGAGGCUAAACAGCGCGGACGUCGAGUGUACGGAGUAAAACGGCAUAGUGCGGUUUUAUACACCGGCGGGGGGGGGAGCGAAUUUUAAUCGUCGGUGGUGUACAUGUCCCGUUGUUUCGACAAUCUGUGUGAAUUCAUCGUAAUAUAACAUAGGCGUAUACGUAACAAUAAAUACAUACGUGUGCCCGAGUGUGUUUCGUCCUACAGUUUUUUUCUUCUUCUUCUUCUUCUUCUUUUUUUCUCCUCUCUCUCUCUCUCACUCUCGCACUCACUUUUCUCCUUUGCGCGAGAGUCAAUCACCGCCGUUGCAUCUAACGUUAAUUAUUCCGUAUAUACUUGAUCCCCGAACCGGUAACAAUAAAAACAAAAAUAAGAAUAAUAAUAAUAGUUCGCAAACCGCGCGUAUGACAAAAAAAAAAACAAAAAAAGUAACGCAAAGCGCGGCACGUUUCACUUGAAUUUUAUAGUUCGUCGGGUGUAACGCGAAAGACGGUAGACGGAGGACUCGUCGUUGAUUUUUCUAAAGAAUUGACCGAAUAUCGUGCAUGAAAAAAUUAUCGUUCGCGGUUAACGAACGAGAAAAAAAAAAGAGAGAAAGAGAGAGCGAGAAAAGUGCGGGAAAACUUGAUUGCAAAGCGAUAUAAGAAACGGCGACAGCGAAGAGAAGAGAGAGAGAGAGAGAGAGAGAGAGAGAGAGAGAGACAAAGAGGAAUCCGACAGACCGUAAUAAGGGGGAUUAAAGAGAGACAGAUAUAGAGACGGUGGUUUUAACUCCUGUCUCCGAGGAUGGCGGACGAGGACGGAAGCAUGUGCGAAAAUUCCCUAGGGCCGAACGACUCGAGUACGGCCUUUGCGAAAAAGCUCAGAGGCAGAAAGGGCGCGUUGAAGAAGAAGAAUGUUUACAUGGUAAAGGACCACAGCUUUAUGCCCCGCUUCUUCAAGCAGCCGACGUUCUGCAGCCACUGCAAGGAUUUUAUUUGGGGAUUCGGAAAGCAGGGUUACCAGUGUCAAGUAUGCAGUUUCGUCGUUCACAAACGAUGUCACGAAUACGUCACAUUCACGUGUCCAGGAGCUGAUAAGGGCGCCGAUUCGGACGCCGUGACCGCGCAUCACAAAUGGGAGGUGUUCACCUACCUGACGCCGACCUUCUGCGACCAUUGUGGUUCGAUGCUGCACGGCAUCACGCAUCAGGGACUCAAAUGCUCAGCAUGUGACAUGAACGUUCACAAACGAUGCGAGGAGAGCGUACCGAAUCUCUGCGGUUGCGAUCACACCGAGCGUCGAGGUAGAAUUCAGCUCCACAUCACCUGUAUCGGCAACAAACUCACCGUCGAAGUAAAACAGGGGAGAAACCUAAUCCCGAUGGAUCCAAACGGGCUGUCGGAUCCUUACGUGAAAUUGAAACUAAUUCCCGACUCAGACAACGUAAAGAAGAAAACUAAGACAAUCAAAUCUUCGCUGAAUCCUGAAUGGAACGAAACGCUAACUUUUGAGCUAAGACCGGAAGACAAGGACCGUAGACUUCUAUUAGAAAUAUGGGAUUGGGAUCGUACUUCACGCAACGAUUUUAUGGGCUCUCUAUCCUUCGGAAUAUCGGAGAUCAUCAAGGCACCCGCCUCCGGAUGGUUCAAACUACUGACCCAGGAGGAGGGCGAAUUUUACAACGUCCCGGUACCGGAGGAAGGCGUUGACCUUGCCGAGCUGAAGACCAAAAUGCGGACAUCCGUCACCAAAAAGACACCAAUGACACAGGACAAGGAUGUGCCUCACAACAUGGGAAAGAGCGACGUGAUACGAGCGACAGAUUUCAACUUCCUUAUGGUCCUUGGCAAAGGUAGUUUUGGAAAGGUAAUGCUGGCGGAAAGAAAAGGGACCGACGAGCUGUACGCCAUAAAGAUAUUGAAAAAGGACAUCAUCAUUCAGGACGACGACGUUGAGUGUACAAUGGUCGAGAAGCGAGUCCUGGCACUAUCCAGCAAACCACCGUUUCUCGUUCAGCUUCACUCGUGCUUUCAGACGAUGGACCGAUUAUACUUCGUCAUGGAAUACGUGAACGGUGGUGAUCUCAUGUUUCAAAUUCAGCAGUGUGGAAAGUUCAAAGAACCAGUGGCCGUAUUCUACGCGUCCGAGAUCGCGAUUGGUCUGUUUUACCUCCACGCGAGAGGAAUCGUUUACAGAGAUCUGAAACUUGACAACGUUCUGCUGGACCAGGACGGUCACAUUAAAAUUGCCGACUUUGGUAUGUGCAAGGAGGGAAUAACCGGGGACAAGACGACCAAGACUUUUUGUGGUACACCCGACUACAUUGCGCCGGAGAUCAUACUCUAUCAACCGUAUGGAAAAUCCGUGGAUUGGUGGGCGUACGGCGUUCUUUUGUACGAGAUGCUUGUUGGACAGCCUCCGUUCGACGGCGAAGACGAGGAGGAAUUAUUCGCCGCGAUAACCGAUCACAACGUCAGCUACCCAAAGAGUCUUUCGAAGGAGGCGAAAGAGGCAUGCAAAGGGUUUCUCACGAAGAAUCCUAACAAGAGAUUGGGUUGCGGAUUACGGGGUGAAGAGGACGUGCGAAAUCACGCUUUCUUCCGCCGCAUAGACUGGGACAGAAUCGAAAAUCGAGAGGUUCAACCACCGUUCAAACCAAAAAUAAAACACAGGAAGGACGUGAGCAACUUCGACAAGCAAUUUACAUCGGAAAAAACGGACCUCACGCCGACCGACAAAUUGUUCAUGAUGAACUUGGAUCAAACAGAAUUCAUGGGCUUCUCUUUCCUAAAUCCCGAGUUCGUUCAGCACAUUUAAUCAUCCUCUUAUUCGAUUCUGUAUCCAAAUACCUACACCUAUAUAUAUACACGUAUGCGUGUGUGUGUGUGUGUGUAUACACACACACACACAUAAAAUACAACUCUAUGGACGCAACGAAGUGCAGUCUUUGCGUUGUGUCUGCCAACAACAGGUUCGUAUAGUACGAACCGUCGAUCGUCGAUUGCCAAUUUAAUUCCAAUUGUAAAAUACCUAUACCUACAUGUACAACAACACUUAUUAUACAUAAUAUAUACAAGUCUACUAUAGUGCAUAAUACGUAUAACAAUAACACGCAUUUACGCGAGUCUCGUGCAUUGGGUUAUAUUCUCAUUACCACUAUCGUUGUUCUUAUUAUUACUAUUAUUAUUAUUAUUAUUAUUAUUAUUAUUAUUGUUGUUGUUGUUGUUGUUGUCGUUACUAUUACAAUUAUUUGCCACUAUUAUAUUAUUGAUCGUUAUAUUAGCAACACCAAAACGGAGAGACGUCUCCGAUUUAGAUUGUUGUAUGUACACAUGCCUACUAUACGUAUGCAUUUACCUCAUCAGUAUAGUUAUUAUACCAUACGGGUUAUUAUAUAUAUAUAUAUAUUAUAUAUAUAUAUAUACCUAUAUAUACCAUUGCCUUCCAGAAUUGCGUAUUGAACCGUCAUUGGUAUGGGUAUACGUAUACAAAGAUAUUACUGUACGAGUUCGUCACCCCCCAUUUUUCUUUCAUGCUUUUUUUUUCUUUUUCUUUUUUUCUUUUUGAUUCUUCCGUUUCUUUCAUUUUUAUUUUUCUUCUCUUUUAUCUUUGAAUUAAAACUACACACAUAUAUGUAUAUAUAUAUUGCGAUCUUCUCUAUUGACCAUCGUUGAUGUUACAAAUUGUUUGAUCGAUUCGUUAAAAAUGAAUUAUUGUAUGUAUAGAUGACCGUUUUCUUUACGCGCACUUGUAUCGUGUUGUUCUUAUUAUUGUUGUUAUUAUUAUUAUUAUAAUUAUCAUUACCAUUAUCAUUAUCAUUAUUAUUAUUGUUCUUGUUGUUGUUAUUAAUAUUAUACGUAUACACUUAUGGUAGGUAUGUAGUUCGCGUGGUAGAAGUUUAUUAGCAAUUAAUAGGUAAUAAAAUAAGCGUAUUAGUGAAGAAAAUAAUAUAUUUAAUAUUUAUUAUUAUUAUCCGGUGCAGACAGCAGUAGUUGUUUAAUAUAACGAGAAUGACGAAGCAAAAACAAAAGAAAAAGAAAAAAAAAACCAAUACGAAGGAAAACAAAAAAAAAAAAAAAAAACUCCAACAAAAACAGUUGAAUCUAUUCACCGUAUAUUAUAUUAUUAUGAAUUUCACUAUUAUAAUGUAUAUUAUACAUAUACAGUAUAGGUAGAAGGAGCAGUGAUAGAAAGUAUAAAUUAAUACGUUUUUCUUCCUAUUGAAUUAUUCAUCUCUGAACUUGUAUAAUUCUGCUAUACCUAUGAGAAUUUGAAGGAACAAAGUUAUUUCAGAACAUAAUAUAUACAUAUAUUAAACAUGUAUAUAUAUAUACUAUACGAUAUACAAAGAAAAUGAUAUUAUAUCUACUACAUUAUACUGUAUGCAUAUAUAGUGUAUAGUCUUUUCACAAACAUUACAUAACGUAACAUAAAAUGCAUUGUGCAUUACACGUCAGAGGUAUGUAUUAAUUCCUGAUCUCGUAUAUUAUCGUGUAUAAUUAAAAUCAGUUUGUAUCGUGACUGAUUUUUCCUAAACCGCGCGAGCAAAUCAAUAAUAGAAUUAAUAAAACAAUAUUGAAACAUUGUUAUAAGUGUAAAAGGGGGGAGAAUGGAACAAGUGUGGCAACAUGUUCAUUAAAUUUACGGACGAUGCGUUCCAAGGAUCAAUCGUCACAGCCCCGUAAAAUAAAUCUACAUCAUCGUCAUCGAUCAUCUUUGUCGACAUCUACUUGAGAAAAAUUUGAAUUCGUGAAAAAAAAAAAAAAAAAAAAACCGUCAAAUUUGCGGAUGCGAAACGGGGUAAUCAAUAGCGACCUAAAUUUUUCUCGCCUUGAGGGAGGUGGUGGGGGGUUUGAGUUUAAGGGCUUUAUUAUUCAGGGUUUCAAGAAAAUUUUUGAAUUUUUUCACCGAAAUUAAUAACAAAAUAACUCGAGGGCGUUUGCGUUGGCUCAUCUCCUGACAUCACCGUCCAACUUGUAGGAGAUGGAAAAAUUUUCUUGCGUCAAAAACACCUUUUCGGGUUCGAUCUCGUGGCCCGAAUGUAGGACAAAUUUUUUUUCUUCAAAUACAUACGAUAACGAAUAACAAAAAAAUUCCAUUUUUCGACCGAAAGAUUGUCGAAAACAAAUUUGUGUAAAAAAUAUUCUGGGAUUGAAAUUCGAAAAUCUAGCCACGAGCUCGAAUCGAUCGACAUGUUUUUAAAGAUGGUGUGAAAAUUUCAAGUCGAUCGGAUAAAAAUUGACCGAGGAAUCUGCGCCACCGAUUUGGAAAACGUGCUCGUUCACUCACAUUGCGCUAUUCAAUCAUUUUCUAAUUAAAUUCGGUGAAAAAAUUUUUAAACUUUCCUCAAACUACAAAUAAUAAAGGCCUCAAACUCAAAUUGCCCCAAGUGCUUUCCACUUUCUUUAAAAAAAAAAAAAAGAAAAAAGAAAAGACUCAUAAAAAUAGGUAUGAUUUUAGACCCCCUCCUUUAAAUUUCCACCCCUUUAUAAAGAAGCUUGCGGAACUUGGUAAUGGAGUAAAAAAAAAAAAAAAAUCACAAAUUAACCGUUUCACCAUUAACAAAUUUCAACGUACAUUCUUUCGCGUUACACUCAAAAUUGGCGUACGAAUUGUGAAUAAAAUAAGAAUCAUUUGAAAGUAUCCUAAUUCUAUGAUAUAUCGCACUAUAAAUAUUACUUAAAUGAUAGUCUCGUUUUAAUAAUAUCGCCCAUAACUUGCCCCAAACUCCCCUGUGAAAAAAAAAACAAAACAAAACAAAAAUUAAAAAACAAAAAAAAAAUCAAGUAUUCUACCACCAAACAUAGCUUGUGUUUACCUUGAACAUAUCAUGUACCGUUAAUAUAUAAUUGUGUACAAUGUUUAUGCAGAUAUGAAUAUAUACCUACACACAUAUAUAUAUAUAUGUGUGUGUGUGUGUGUAUAUACGUAUGUGUAUACGUAUAAUACAAUAGGAUUAAAGGGACAUUACGUAUGUAAUUAAUUAAGAGUCAAUCGGUUCAGUGGCAAUACAAUACAUCCAUCCCUUCGUGAGUGCGGCAAUGAUCCAAUGAUCCACGAAUAGAUGUAUAAAUAAUACUCACAAUGACACACCGAACAAACGCACCCUGAAUUUUACCCCGUUUGCCAAAACCGGUCACACCGGUGACGUAUUUUCGAAUUAACGUAGAUUAUAUCGUCACGUUACAACUUUGCGAUUAGCUGCGAAAAACAAAAAAAAAAAAAAUUAAAUAAAAAUAUGAAAAAAUUAAAAAAAAAAAACAAAAUGGAAAAAAAAAAUCUCUACCCGCGUUGAAGGUAUUAAUUACGUAAUGUAUAAAACACUGGCUAACCCUUUGAGUCACAGUGACAAGUAUUCUCACCACUUUUUUUUUCGCUUUUUUAUUUGCUAUUUCCGAUGGUGUACCAACAGGUUUUCAAUACUCGUGAUUAAUAAUUGCGAUUUAAUGUAAAUUAUUGUUGUUGGAAACGAAUUGAUUGAAAAAAAAAAUCGUGAAAAUUGAAGGAAUGAUUCAUUUCCGGGGUAAGUUACACAUCCACACGUAUAAAUGCUUUACAGAAAUUGUGAGUUUUUGGGAUCGCUGAUUAAGAAUCCGAAAUGGUAUUUAAAAAAUUCAACGUGGCCGAUCCAAUAUGGCGGUCCCGAAGACCGUACAAAUAUACUAUCUGGUUAUAAAAGUUGACUCAGCACAAUAAUAUGUGACUCAAAGGGUUAAUUACACCGUAUAUAACGACUUAUAAUCGGUUUUCAUUGAUUAAGAUAAAAUAAAUACACCCGUAUUGUCAAAAACGUGCACCGCAAAAAAACAAAAAAAAAACAAAAAAAAAAACAAAAACAAAAAAAGAACCGUAUAUUAUAUUCUCAUUCAAAAUCUCUAUUCUUAUAUAACACACAUCUCAAAAGUCUCAAGUCUUCCAAGUCUUCUUGUUUUGGCAAAUGCUGUUAUUGCGUGUACGUGAUCUUACAAUACAUGUAAUACCACCUCUUACAACUUUCAUUGUAGGCACCUACUUCAUAACAAUAUACUCUAUGCACGAUACGAUAAAAUUAUCGUGCUUUAAACCGACGUCUUGACAAAAUCUUUAUAUACAUAUAUAUAUAUAUAUGUACCCGAUUCUUUCUACACACGAUUCACGUACGUAAUAAUCUACAUGAAUGCCCGUAUGCGUAGGGAACUCGUUUUUGAUUAAAAAAAAAAAAAAUAAUAAAAAUUUUCGUUAAAUUAAACCUCGUAUGUAAAUACAUACGUAAAUAAAUAUGCGACCCCUGCAUACAUGAUCUAUUCGUAUAAUCCAAGUUUUCGACUCACUCUGUUAAAAAAUACGAGCUCAAUUCCCACGCUAACCUUGUUAUACAUAUAAUAAUACCAUAAAAAAAAAAAAAAAAAAUUUACUAUCGGUCUGUUAUAUGAACGAGUACGAUAUGCGUAUGAUAUUUAUUGAACCUAGUAGUGACGACAGGCAAAAAAAAAAAAAAAAAAAAAAGUAAAGAAAAACAGUAUAAUAAUUGGAAGAAAAAGAAAGCGGAGAAAACGACAAAAAAAAAAUAAAUAAAUAAACAAAAUAAAAUAACAUUCUAUUAGAGCCUGUACGGAGGACGGAUAACGUAUAACUCCUUAUAGACACAUUCUCAAAUUCCUAAUAAAUAUACAUGCGUAUGAAACUUAAUGUUUUUACAUAUAAUAUUUAAAUUGUUUAGAUUAAUAGAAAAAAAAAGAAAAGAAAAGAAAAGAGAAAAAAAAAACUUGAUUGAAACUCUCGAAAUCGUAACUUCUAUUUUUCAAAAUAUAAUAUUUAAAUACAAGUGCGAAUGAAACCGAUGUUUGUUAUAUAUAUAUAUAUAUUAUAUAUAUAACUAACUAGUUACUCUUGUGAUUGUAAAGAGGGAUUAUAAGAAAGAAAAAAAAAAUUGAACAAAUGAAAAGAUAAAUAAAUAAGUAUUAAGUUAAUUAACUCGACAUUGUUUGGAUCAAAUAUAAUGUUACUAUUAUGCGUAUUAUAUUACUAUAAAUAAAUAUGUACAUAUACAUAUUGUAUGCAUAAUUAUAUGUAUAAUAUAAUUGUCUAUACAAUGUGUAUACAUAAUAUGAAAAAUCUAUAGCAAGUAUUACAUAUAAUUGUGUGUUUUAAAUAUAGUUUCGAGGUUCACGCGUACGAAUAAUUAUAUCUUUCAAAUUUCAACUUUCUUUGAACAUACUUUCAUAAUUUCGUUACAAUUCAACUAUUAACUGAUGCUCUCUCUGCCCGAAUCUACUCGAUCGCAUAAUAUCAACGACCCACGACUCUGCACAUACAAUUUCACUUCGUGUGAGUAUAGUGAAGAAGAAGAAAG